AAAUCUGAAUCAGUAUAACAACACUCCAUCUUCAAAACACUCCAAAAUUCAACAAACACCUGAAAUGAGAUGCCCCCACCCCACCCGCCACAUUUUCUUCACUUCAACAAUCUCAAUCUAACGCCAUAAACGCCCCCCCAAUUUGAUCCAAUUUCGCCAGAAAUGAAGCAAUUGCACAAGCAAUCCACCAGCUUCCGCAAAGACGAAGAGAUGCCCUUCUCCCAAACCCCUCCCUACUCCCCCAAAUCCCUCAAGCACCCGCGAUCUCUGCCCAGAUCGCUCAAUUACAUACUCAAGGAGCAGCGCCUCCUCUUCAUCCUCGUCGGAAUUCUGAUCGGCUCCACCUUCUUCAUCUUCCAGCCCUCCUUCUCGGCCCUCUCCCCGCCCGAUCCGCGCGGACGGAUUUCAGCUGGAGAACGCGAUUCCGUCGUCGGAUACCGCGAUCGCGCCGAUUUCUCCAAUAAUUAUGCGAAUCAUGCCGCUGGUGGUAAUUAUAAUAAGUUCGCGAAUGGGGUGGGCAGAGUGCCGGUGGGGAUUGGGAGGAAGAGGAAGAGGAUUGUCGUCACCGGUGGCGCCGGUUUCGUCGGGAGUCAUUUGGUGGAUAAGCUUGUCGCCAGAGGUGAUGAUGUGAUCGUCAUUGAUAAUUUCUUUACGGGCAGGAAGGAGAAUGUGGUUCAUUUGUUUGGGAAUCCGAGGUUUGAGCUCAUUAGGCAUGACGUUGUCGAGCCGAUUUUGCUGGAGGUGGAUCAGAUCUACCAUUUGGCGUGCCCUGCAUCGCCGGUGCAUUAUAAGUAUAACCCUGUCAAGACCAUCAAGACAAAUGUGAUGGGUACCCUUAAUAUGUUGGGUCUUGCAAAGAGGAUAGGUGCGAGGUUUCUGCUCACUAGUACAAGUGAGGUUUAUGGUGAUCCUCUUGAGCAUCCACAAAAGGAGACAUAUUGGGGACAUGUGAACCCAAUUGGUGUGAGGAGUUGCUAUGAUGAAGGGAAACGGACAGCUGAAACCUUAGCUAUGGACUAUCACAGAGGUGCUGGUGUUGAGGUGCGCAUUGCACGUAUUUUUAAUACAUAUGGGCCUCGGAUGUGUCUGGAUGAUGGCCGUGUUGUCAGCAACUUUGUUUCACAGGCUAUACGGAAACAACCAAUGACAGUCUAUGGGGAUGGGAAGCAAACAAGAAGCUUCCAAUUUGUAUCAGACUUGGUUGAUGGAUUGGUGGCUUUGAUGGAAGGUGAGCAUGUAGGUCCAUUCAAUUUGGGUAAUCCAGGAGAGUUUACCAUGUUAGAGCUAGCUGAGGUUGUGAAAGAAACCAUCGAUCCUAGUGCAUCCAUUGAAUUCAGACCAAACACUGCUGAUGAUCCGCACAAGAGGAAGCCAGAUAUAACCAAAGCAAAGGAUCUUCUUAACUGGGAGCCCAAAGUUUCAUUACGAGAUGGAUUGCCUCGAAUGGUUGAUGAUUUUAGAAACCGCAUCUUGAAUGAGGAUGAAGGAAAGGGAAACAAGUGAGAAUGGUAUGAUGUAUAGAACUGAACCACAUUGUGUUGAUAUUUACAUCGAUUUUCCACUGAGCAGCUCCAUAUUUAGCAAUAUGUCACGUUUUCCAUUACUUAUUUCUCAAUUUUGAAAUUUCUUGUAAUAUCUACUGGAAUUUUGAGUACCCCUGUUGCUUACCUCUCAUUUAUGUGGUGUAAAUGACUUCAAUACACUGAUUAUAUAGGAUAUAUUCUUUUGCAAUA